AUGUCAACAACACAAACAGACUCACCAAGUUAUUUAACAAACCAUGAUCCAAAGGCACAAAGAGAGGGAUUAAAGAAAAGAAAGAAAUUAGAAGGCGCAAAAGAAAGUAGUAGUCCAUUAAAUAAAUUACGUUCAGCAACCUUAAGAAAUGGUGGCACACCAUCAAAAUUAAAAUUUGUAGUUGAUUUGGGGUCAAAUUUGGGUAAAUCACCAAGUAAGUCAACAGCCAAUGCAUUAUCAUUACACUCUAGUGUGCCACAACAUAACAAUUAUGUACCAUCACCUACAGCAUCACCAAUUUUAUCACCACUAUCAUCAUUUUCAAAUACAAAUAAUCUCAGCUCUCCAAUAGUAAAUACACCAAACAAAAAACACAAUACAUUACAUAGAAAAUCAAUGAGAGCUUCAAUGCAGCUUAAAAUUGAUGAGGUUAUGAAAAUUUAUGCGCCAUUAUCUGGUUCAGAAUAUUUGAAUAAGGGUAAUGAUGCCAUUUGUUCAAAUAAAGAAAAUGAAUCAGAAUCAAACAAGAAUGUACUUUUAAAUUCACCAUCAUCAAGUCCAUCAAAAAAUAAACAACAACCACCACAACAUUCCACACCAAAUAAUAAUAAUAAUAAUAAUAAUAGCAGUAAUAGUAGUGGUUUAUCACCAGUUUUAAAUAAAUUAGUAUUAUCACCACCAUCCAAUAAAAAUUCACCAACUGCUGGUAGAUCUAGAAAAUCAAUUCUUAAUGAAAGAAUGAUGCAAAUUCGUAGAGAAGUUAUUGAAAAUGCAGAAUUUAUUCUCGCUAAAUUGGGUGAAUAUCAAAAAACCGUCUUAUCACUCCCAGAUAUGUAUAAUGUUACAAAUUGUGAUGUCAUCAACUCUGAAUAUGCAUAUCUUAUCACAAAUACUAAAGUUAUAACAAAAAUCCUUUCACCACUCGAUUCAAGCUCAAGCUCAGAAACUGGUACAGAAAUUAUUGCAAAUAAAAAUAAAUUAAAUCAAUCAAAUAACAUCAUCUCUACACCUUUAUCACCCAAAUCAAACCCACUAUCACCAACUAAAGAUUUAAAUGGAUUUGAUAUUGGAGGUGGCAUAACCAAUAACAAUAUCAAUAAUCACCCAAAUAGUUCACCAGUUUUACUUUCAUCAUCAUCAUCAUCUAUUUCUUCAGUUUCUACAUUAUCUUCAACCACUUCACCAACUUUUGGGGCCAGCUCUGCUUACUCAAAUUUCAAACAACAACAACAAAAUGUCGGUAAAAACAAUCAAGUUUUCAAUUCAUUGACUGAUAUGGAUAUUGUGGCUCAAUCAAUUUCAAUUAUUGCAAAAAAACUUUUAGGUAUUGAAAUUGAAAUCAAAAAAACCAAAAUCACCGAAAAAAGAGCUUCCAUUUUAGCUUCGUUCAUUAGGGUUAUCAAACAAUUUUUAGAAACUGGCAUUGUACCUGAAAUGCCUCAAAUUCCAUCGGAAUUGGUUAACUCUUUAAUUAUAAAUCCAAGUUCUGAAAGUGUCACUCAAAUUUAUAAUCCAGAAGAAAGUGAUUAUAUUUAUAAAUCUGGUUAUUUAAUAAAAAAAGGUUCUAAAGGCCCAUUGGUAGUUUGGAAGGAUCAAUGGAUUGUUUUAUCAUCAGAAAAAUUAUCAAUUUAUUCAAACCAAAACAAAACUAAAAAAUGUAAAAAAGAAAUCUCAUUAAAUUCAAUUGUUUCAAUUUCACCAAUUACCAAAUAUGAAUAUAAAUGUUGUUUUAUAGUAAAGGUCGCAGGAGGUGAAAAAUAUGUAUUUAGAGGGGCAAAUGACAAAGAGACAGCACUUUGGAUGCUGGCAAUAGAUGGCUUGCCAAGAAGAAAUUUCGAUACCAACCAAUCAUCUAUUAAUCUUUAUAUUAAAGAAACCUUGUUAGAGACCAUUGGUUCAAAUAUUUGUAAUUAUAGAAGAUCAGUAGCAGGAGGUGUUGUUAGAAGCAGUCAUGGUGAAGAGUGGACUUAUCGUGCAGAUGGUACAUUGUUCAAUACAGAUUUCUUGGAUACCUCAAUUCGUCCAAAAGAUAUCAAAUACAUUUGGAAUGGUCAGUUCCUUUUACCAGCCAAUGAUAGUGUACAUAAUUUAGGCAAUGGCAAAUGGAAUGGUGUUUGGUUGGCCUGGUAUAAUCCAAAUACAAGUGAACCUUUCUUAAAAUACAUUUGGGAUCAACAAAAUAAUGAAUAUUUAAAUCAAAAUACCAAAUUAUCAUAUAAAUGGUCUUCCCGUGGUUUGGUUUCAAAAAUAGGCAAUGGAGAAUGGUUGGUUGAAGGUCGUGUACCAGAAACCAUAGUAAUGUUUUUACAAUGUUUAAGAUAUAUCCGUCAUAAAGAAUUAAAUGGCUAUUAAAAAAAAAAAAAAAAAAAAAAAAAAAUUUGUAGUAUGUAUUAAAAAAAAAACCAAUUAAUUUUAGUUUUCAAAUCAAAUAUCAAAAAUAAUAGAAAUAUUAUUAAAUUACAAUCAAAAAAAAUAAAAUAAAAUAUAUUAUUUAUUUUCC